UCGUCGUCGUCGUCGUCGUCGUCUUAGUCGUCGUCGUUGGCACUUUGUGGGCCAGAAGGAGCAAAACAUGGCGACGCUGAACUUGUUGGUCCUGUUUGCUGCGGCGGUGCAAAUCCGCAGCGUGACGCCCGCGCUUCACUCGCUCAAGUAUUUUCGGACCGCCAGCUCUCAGAUUCCAAACACGCCAGACUUCUUCAUUGUCGGCUUUGUCGACGACGUUCCGAUUUCGCACUACGACAGCAAAAGCAGGAAAGUAAAACCCAAGCAGGACUGGAUGAACAAAAUCACCGCCGAAGAGCCUCGAUACUGGGAGACGGAGACGCAGAUCAGCAUUAAUAAUGAGCAGGUCAACAAAGUCAACAUUGAAAUUGUGAAAGAGCGCUUCAACCAAACUGGAGGUGUUCACAUGGUCCAGACGAUGUACGGCUGCGAGUGGGACGACGAGACUGACGAGGUUGACGGUUUCCGUCACGACAGUUACGACGGAGAAGCCUUCAUCUCGUUGGAUCUGAAGGAAAUGAGAUGGAUCGCAGCUCAUCCACAAGCGUUCGUCACCAAGCUCAAGUGGGACAGCGAUGAACUUUGGAAUCUAAACCAGAAGCACUACUACACCGAGAUUUGUCCUUCUUACUUGAAGAAGCAUGUGACCAAUGGGAGGGACUUCCUGAUGAGAACAGAGCUCCCCACGGUGUCCCUCCUCCAGAAGACGCCGUCCUCUCCGGUCACCUGCCACGCGACGGGUUUCUACCCCAGCGCGGCCGCCAUGUUUUGGACGAAGGACGGGAAUGAGCUUUACGAGGACGCGGAGACGAGCGAGACCCUCCGCAACCACGACGGAACCUUCCAGAUGACGGCCGACCUGAAAGCGGAGGUGGCCGACGGGGACGAGGGCCGCUACGACUGCGUGUUCCAGCUGUCCGGCGUGAAGGACGACAUCGUCACCAAGCUGGAGAGAAAAAACAUCCGCAGCAACAGGCGCAUCCAAGAAGAAGAAGAAAAGAAGUUGAUGCUGACCAUCGCUGGCGCCGUCCUGGCGGUCGUCUUUCUGGCGCUGGUCGCGGUCGGGAUCGCGGUCGGUGUCAAGCGCUACAGAAGCGGGAAAGGAGAAUAUUCCCAAGCUUCCAUUUCCUCCGGUUCCGAUCCCGCCGCCGAGUGAGACGCGGCGGCCGUCCGCGGUGAGUCCGACCAACGUUUUCGGGGAUCGUGGAUUUGGGCCCGAGUUCCCGUCGUCGAUCUGCUCUGCCGUCCUUCCUGCACUUGUGGCCGCUCGAGUGACUCGCCUCCUUCUGAGGACUUCCUCCUCCUCGCCGGCGUUUUUCAAAUCACGUUUCACGACUCCGAUGUCACUUCUGCGAUGAUUUUGUGUCGGCCGAGUUGGUUUCUUCUUUCGUUGUUGAAUUUUGUGGGGGUUCAUCAAUCAAUUAUCACACAAUUGAAUUAUGGGAAAAAAAUGGAUAAUGAACCGUUGAUUGCCAAUGUGUUGUACUUCAAAGUUAAAUACAUCACGAGUGCACUUUUUUCGUGUAACUCGCUUGUAUGCUGAGCGACACACUUCCUCAUAUCUUUGAUUUGUAUUUUGUACCCCUAAAUUUCAUUUGUAUUGCAUUCAGUGAUUUUUUUGUUUUUUUUUUUUACCUUUUUUUUUCCUGCGUACCACGACUGGAAUAAACACAAUCGGCGCUUUUGCUUCAAUAAACAUUGACAAAGUUAUGAAUUGCACUUAUUUGAACGGGGGUCGAAGAUAUUGGCCCAAUAAAUGGACGACCAGCAGGUAAAACGCCAACCCUCGGUUUACGCUGUUGAAGAAGUUCCGCUCGGUGGGAAGUUGAGAGGCAUCCCCGCUGCCCGUUUUGUCCCUUGGGGGGAGGGCGGAAUCGAACGCUGAUGAUUGUGGCACUCCACAGAAUAUCACUUCAAAGUCUGUUAAUAAAAUGCUUCAGAAAAAUGA